AAACUUCAAAUUCCUGCUUACCACCUGUGAAGAGGGACUUCUUACUUUGCUGACCACCGUGCAUUGAAGCGCAGUUUUGUUUUUAGCCAAUUCCAUUUUUAAACCUCUUCAGGAAAUCGUCUCUAUCUCGGAUCACCGCUUCAUGCGCUCCCGCAGGGUAAACAAGGAGCCGCAGUGUAGCCUGCCCCAAAGACGGCUGAUGAAGAUGAUGAUGUGAGGAAGGUGGCGGCUGUCGUCUAGACUGGAGUGAAAGGUGCGUGUGACCUCUUCCCCUCUCCCCUGUGACCUCUAGAACCCCAUUGACCAUCUCCCCUUACCCUCUCCUCCCUGAGGCCAGACUGUGAUCCAUGGAGAAGCUUCUGGGUUUCGGGAAGCAGUUGCUGAGGCUGAAGGUGGUGGACUGUAACUCAGAAGACUCCCGUCUGUCCCGAUGCCUUAACACUUUUGACCUGGUUGCCCUGGGCGUGGGCAGCACGCUGGGCGCUGGCGUCUACGUGCUAGCCGGCGCUGUUGCACGAGAAAAUUCAGGUCCUGCUAUUGUGCUGUCUUUCCUGAUAGCGGCCUUAGCCUCAGUGUUGGCUGGUCUGUGCUAUGCUGAGUUCGGAGCCCGUGUUCCCAAGACAGGCUCAGCUUAUCUUUACUCCUAUGUGACUGUUGGAGAACUCUGGGCCUUCAUUACUGGAUGGAACCUCAUCCUCUCCUACAUCAUUGGUACCUCCAGCGUGGCCCGUGCAUGGAGCGCUACGUUCGACGAGUUGGUAGGGAAGCGCAUUGAGCAGUUCUGCAGAGAGUACAUGUCCAUGAAAGCACCGGGUAUACUGGCAGAGUACCCUGACAUGUUUGCUGUUCUUAUCAUAAUCACCCUCACAGGUCUGCUGGCAUUUGGGGUCAAAGAGUCAGCGAUGGUGAACAAGGUUUUUACCUGCAUCAACGUCCUGGUCUUGUUGUUCAUGGUCGUCUCUGGUCUGGUCAAAGGGACUUUGAAGAACUGGCAGCUAGACCCUGAAGAGAUCCUAAGUGGCAAUUAUACCAGUGACUCCAACCUCAAUUCAACAAACAUCCUGCCAACCAAAGAGAGUUUAGGAGUGGGCGGUUUCAUGCCGUUUGGUUUCACGGGCGUCCUGUCGGGAGCUGCUACCUGCUUCUAUGCAUUUGUCGGAUUUGACUGCAUCGCCACCACAGGUGAAGAGGUGAAGAACCCUCAGAGAGCCAUUCCUAUUGGCAUUGUAUCCUCGCUGCUCAUCUGCUUUGUAGCGUACUUUGGUGUUUCUGCAGCCCUCACCCUCAUGAUGCCAUACUACCUGUUGGACAGCAACAGCCCUCUGCCUGUAGCUUUUAAAUAUGUGGGCUGGGGCGGAGCCAAAUAUGCUGUCGCUGUAGGCUCUCUUUGUGCUCUGUCUACUAGUCUGUUGGGUUCCAUGUUCCCCCUACCCCGUAUCAUCUUUGCCAUGGCUCGGGAUGGCCUGCUCUUCUCCUUCCUGUCCCGCGUCAGCGAGAGGAAAUCCCCCAUAACGUCUACUGUGGCGGCCGGGGUUAUGUCUGCUAUCAUGGCAUUUCUGUUCGACCUGAAAGACCUGGUGGACCUGAUGUCAAUAGGGACGCUGCUGGCCUACACAUUAGUGGCUGCAUGUGUCCUGGUCCUCAGGUACCAGCCUGAGCACCCCAGUCUGGUGUAUCAUAUGGCAAAUACCCAGGAGGAGGUAGAAAUGAAUGACAGCAUCAGUUCCACCAGUGCUCCCAGUAUGGGCAUCCUGCCUGGUAUGGAGAAGACUUUCAGCUUCAAGACUGUCCUGUUCCCAGACAACUCUGAGCCAUCCACACUGUCCGGCUUCACUGUCAACAUCUGUGUCUCUGUCAUGGGAACAUUGAUCCUGGUGUUCAGCAUACUGGCAGUUCAGGGAGGCAUUGCUGUGUGGAAUGUCAUAGCCCUCAGUGUCAUCUUCAUGGUGUGUCUCCUCCUCACCGUUAUCAUCUGGAGACAGCCUGAGAGCAAGACAAAACUUUCCUUCAAGGUCCCACUGCUACCCUUCAUUCCAGUGAUCAGUAUGUUUGUUAAUGUUUACCUGAUGAUGCAGCUGGACAGAGGCACUUGGAUACGAUUUUCUAUCUGGAUGGCUAUAGGUUUAGUGAUUUACUUCGGCUACGGCAUUCAUCACAGUACUGAGGCAACUACGGCCCGCUCGUCUCCAGACACGGAGAUGAAGGCGGCCACAGCUGCCAUGUCACCAGAAAAGGAGGCCUUCCUGCAUUAUGGGAUGGAUGUCAGGGAAGAGGACGAUGGAGAUUUGUAGUAAGCAUUAGACCAUGCUGCGUGGAUUUCAACCUUCCCCAACGCCAGUCUGUCUGUGCAAGAGUUUUUAGACCGGACAAGUCCCAGUCCCUCACUGGCCAAGGUAGUGCCUUUUGGGGAAAGAAAUGAUAAAUAACUUUGACCUCAAAUUCACAAACCUGUGAGUUCCCCCCUUGACUGAUGGGUAGAACAACAGGAUUUCUUAAGCCAUAAUUGACAUGUUCUGUUAUUUCAGUAUUUUGUGAUGUGUUUGUUACCCCCUUUUGCUUGGCUGUGUUGGCUGGGGUGAGGGUUCAUGUUGGAGACACAAAACAUGUCAGUGUUUUAGGGCGGGUUCAGAGAUUCUGGGAGACCCUAAUAUUUGUCUCUCUUCAUGAUGGGUCGUAGUUACUUCUUUGGAGAGUGUCUGGGUUACAUUGCUGGUAGUAGGACUGUGCACAUGUGGUAACAGCUUUCAUCUGCGUGCCAGAAAGUUCAGCAGCAGUAAAUUUUUUGUCCUUCUUUCUGUGAAGCAUUAUAACUACUGUAUAUAUCUACACAAUUCUGAAAAUCAGAUAACACAGUUAGUAUUACCAAUUGGUUACAGUAGCUACAUUUUCUGCCAACUCUUGUGUAACCGAUGUUGAAAUGCUGCUCUAAAAGUCCUCCCUGACAAGUGAAAGCUUGCACAAUACACAGUUGGCUUGAUAUAAUUACCCUUGUUCACUAGCAGAAUAGGGUGUCGAGCCAAUGGCUGCACGUGUAAGUGGGCCAGCAGGGAGCUGUAGCUUACAGUCCUUAUGAGUCCAAAUUCAAAUCCAAAGGAUGGCAUUGAUACCAUCUGAGGUACCAGGCUUUUUCAUGCAAAAGGGAAAGUCUGGCAUCUUACUGUAUAGUUUUAAUGCAGGUGUACUGUAUGUCUUGGCAAGAAGCAGUCAUGAGCAAGCCAUUGGUCUGGCUGCAAAUGAUGAUGCAGAGACAGCUGUAACAACAACAUAUCAUGUUGGGCAGGUCUUUACUCUGAGAUACAGAGAUUCAGAAGAAGUAAUUAAGUAUGAAAGGCUACCAGAUACAUUUUUAAAUCGUCAAACCAUGUGACUAGUACUAGUUUAACAAAUACCUGAUUUUACAUCCUCUUCACAAUAAUAAGGAGCGUUGUUAAAAUACACUUUCUUAUUUGGGCUAUUUAACACCUUGGUAAAUAUAAAAAAUCUGAAACGUGUUAAACAUCAGGAUAAAGAGAUUAAUUGACAGUUGCUGAAUGUCUGUUAAUGUCAUGUAACAUUAGAUGAUAGUGGAUUUUCUCACAGUGCUGGCUGCUGUGUCGUUUUGCAUCUGUAGCUUGUAACAUGAAGUCUCUCUUUUUUUUAAAAAAGGUACAGGCCGACUUUUUUUUCUAAAAAUGUUUAAUUUGGAUAAAUGUAUAUGUUCUAAAUUUAUUUUACUUCCUUACUCAUGUUUAUUAAUGUCUUUUUAAAACAUGGUCAUUUCCAGUGUGUUUUACAGAUUACAAAUCUGAUUUAACUUAAUAUUUACAAUUAUUGGGGCGUCCGGGUAGCUCACCUAGUUAAGUGUGUGCCCUAUGCUUACUGCAGCGCUUUGCUGCAUGUCAUUUCCUCUUCCCACUUUCACUCAUCAGCUGCUCUUACAAAAAAUAAAGGCAAUAAAAAUCCCAAAAAGUAUCUUUAUAAAUAACCUGUCUGUGGGUAGUGUGUGUAUAUAUAUAUAUAUAUAUACACUAACAAAAGGUUAAUGAUCAUUUAAAUGCAGACCUAUUCAUCAACCCAUAUCAUGUUAUGUUAUGUUUCCAUUUGUUUUAACCCUUAAGUGCUUUUACUGUGGUUUUGGGAGUCCUUUCAAAAGUAGCUGUCUAUAAGUAGAAGCAGUAGAAAGUAGAAAGAUUGUGUAUAUAAGAUAUUGUUUAUAUUUCUUGCAGUAAAUUAUUUGUAAAUGGGAGAAAAGGCUAAUUUUAUGAUACCCUAUCUGUGUCUAACAUUGUGUUCUUUAUAUUGUGUUUACAUGAUCAGUGCAACUGAAACUUUAUCCUUAGGGUCGGCAGAAUCACUGCCUUCACCUUACUUUACCCGUCAAUACCUUAUUUACAGAAAAGUGCAGUUAUGAAAGUAGAAAUAUGGAAUAUUAGCAUGACUGUGGCAGACACAAGUUCCUUGAGAUCCUUCUUAGGCUGCCCAUAAUGCAGCCUUUUACAGUAAAAGUGGAAUAAUAGUCUGUGACAUUGCGUUACUACUUCAACCAUGCGUGCCUUUUCCGGGGGUUUUGGUAAUUAGUGUACAUAACACGUUACUACUUACCUACUUUUUGAUAGUUCUUCACAAACUUGUAGUCCCACAAAUCGUCAAAGCACAUGAAAAAAUGUUUAAAUGUCCCAUAAUCAUGUGUGUCAAAUAAAUCUAGCUAUGCACGGUAUAACAAUAAAACAGUAAUUGAACUGAUUAAUGUUUUAGCUUAAAGUCUCCUUGUUAGGUGUGAAUAUGGUGGUAAUUAUUUGUUUUUUCUCCGUUAAAUUUAUAUUUGGUUUUCUGUUUAAUCAAUAUAAAGGGAUUCAUGUGUAUUUGAAAAUCUGUGUUCUGGCAUAAUAAGUCGACAACUUGUUGUUCCUUCAUGUCAAACCUCAGAGUUUACUUCUGAAAUAAAUACUAUGUGUAUACACAUAUAUGAAUAGAUUUUUAAAAGGGAGCUCCUUUCGUUCGCCCUGCUGCUUUAAAACCCUUCUAACCACAGCUUUUGCUUACAGCCGGCUGCAUCAUGUUUAUGUAAUUUUGCUGUAAUUACAUCAUUUUUUCCUCCACACUCUUUCUUUUUGUAGCCCUUUUUGGUUGCCUUUUUCUUGGUCGUUGUUCGCUUCAGGUGUGUUUAAAACUAUGUGUAAAUGUUGAAAAAGCACAAAAACAGUGUGUUGAUUCGAGUCUGUCACUCAGCAUCUUUCUCAUGUUCUCUUGUUUUUCGUCACUGUGGUUCAAGUUUCCUCGCUCAACAUUGCCUCACUGAAGAGAAGCGCUAUUUUCCUCCAGCUGCAUUUACGCACAAAACUGCAACUUUUUAAAACAUCAUUGUCGUGUCAAAAUUGUUAAAAUUAAGCAAAUGUACAUAGUGGUGAGCAAGAAAGUUCAUAUUGGCCUUGCAAAAAACUCCUCACAGCCUUCUCCGGUUGCUCAGGUUGUCAUGGAGAUAGUUGUCAGUGUAUCAGUGGACUAGGAAGUUAUGGUCCAUAUUUGCUGGUGAUGGCAGCGGAGCAAUCUCCAUGACACCUGAACAAAUGAUGAUUGAACAAAUGGCUGAGGAGGAACAUGAGAUUUAACUGAAAGCUAGAAAAAGCAAGUAAGUGGGCCUUGAGUUGCUUUUUUUGUGCGUUCAGGUGCAAUGUUAUUUUCAGGUGUAUACCUACAACUGCAGCUUAAAAUGGCUUCCCGGUCUCUGUUAGAAUGCUAAACAACUGUCUGACAAGAGGACAGGUGUCACUAUUCAGCUGUAUUUCACAUUAAAAGUCACCGUUUGUGAGAUUUAAAAUAUCUUUACUUUGGGGCCACCUGCUGGUAGUGUCAGGACCGAUCCGACCCAGUGAUACCAAGAAUGAUCUCAACAAAAUGCCCAAUCACACAAUAAUCCCCCAUAUAGUAACUUUAAUAGCAGUGUCACUGUGUAUUUAACUUAAUAAUACACAGUAACUCCUCUGAGUUAGGAAUGCCUGCACUGGUUUUGCUUGUCUUUUUGUCCUCUGUUUCCUUUUUUUUUGUUAAAGUCAGUGCAUCUAUCCUGUGAAUAAAACGAGCUUUUAAAAAA